AUGUCUCUCUACCGCAUCGGCGUCGAUGUGGGCGGCACCAAUACCGAUGCUGCUCUUCUGGACAUCACCGCUGCAGACACGCCGGGUCGCGGCGUGCUCGCCUCCCAUAAAGCCUCGACAACUCCAGACAUCACCAGCGGCAUUGAAGCAGCCAUCCGGACCGUCCUCGAGAAGUCCGCGGUCGACCAAAAGAGGGUUCUCAGCGUAACAAUAGGCACAACUCAUUUCAUCAAUGCCCUGGUUGAGGCCGACACCAGAAGGCUAAGCCGUGUGGCUGUGGUCCGUCUCUGCGGCCCUUUCACGAGACAGAUCCCCCCCUUCUCAGACUUCCCCUCUGGUCUGCACCGCAUCCUCGAUGGCGGAGUCUACUACCUCGACGGGGGGUUGGAGAUUGAUGGCCGGGAGAUUGCGCCCCUCGACCGCGAACAAAUCAGGCGGGCAACGAGAGAAAUCGUGGCCGCAGGAGUCAAGUCUGUAGCCCUUGUCGGCAUUUUCGCACCCCUCGAUCACGCAGGCAUCCAUGAAGAGACGUGCAAAAAGAUCAUCUUGGAGGAGGCCCCUGAUCUGGACGUGGUUUGCUCCCACGACAUUGGCCCCCCGGGUCUUCUUGAGCGAGAAAACGCCACAAUCCUCAACGCGGCCAUCCUCGGGACAGCACGCAAAGUCACCCGCGGAUUCAAGACCGCCGUGGCACGGCUGAAGCUGGCAUGCCCGCUUUAUCUCUCGCAAAACGACGGCACCCUCAUCGACGCCGACACGGCAGCCCGGUACCCCAUCAAGACUUUCGCCAGUGGCCCGACGAACAGCAUGACAGGCGCCGCGUUCCUAGCAGGGUUGGACCGGGUCAAGACCAUGACCACAGAUCCUACAGUGUCUCCUGGAGAAAGGGGCUUGGAGCCUCAGAUCCUGGUCGUGGACAUCGGAGGUACAACGACAGAUGUCUGCGCACUGCUGCCGUCAGGCUUCCCUCGCCAGGCGCCUGGGUUUGUCGAGGUUGGCGGCGUGAGAACGGCUUUUUCCAUGCCGGAAGUCGUGUCCAUUGGACUUGGCGGCGGCAGCAAGGUGGUCGAAACGGAGUCGGGGUUGGGAGACGUAAUGGUCGGACCGGCAUCCGUUGGGCAUUUCUUGACGGCGCAGGCAAGGGUAUUCGGCGGUCCAACGCUUACCGCCACUGACAUUGUGGUCGCUUUAGGCAAAGCCCGGCUGGGUGACGCGAGCCUGAUCAAGGAUUUGCCGAGUUCCACCAUUGACAGUGCAAGGAAAAGGAUCAAAAAGAUGCUCGAGGGCGUCAUCGAACAGAUGAAAGUCUCUGCGGCCCCGGUACACGUUCUCCUAGUAGGCGGCGGUGCUCUCCUCGUUACGGAAGGCUUGGAUGGUGUCGAGAAGUGCAUCCAGCCAAUCCAUCAGGGGGCUGCCAAUGCGGUUGGUGCAGCUAUCGGCAAAGUCUCCGGCGAGGUCGAUGUCAUCGAGAUCCUGGAGGGCCGAGACGAGAAGGCCGUAGUCGCAGCAACGUGCCAGAAAGCCAUCGACAUUGCUGUCCAGAAAGGCGCAGCAGCUCAAGACGUACGGGUCGUCGAGGUCAACAAGAUGCCACUGCAGUACGUCGACAAUGGCGCAAUGAGAAUACAGGUCCGGGCGGUCGGCAAGCUCCGUGUGCCCGAGAAUCCCGACUUGGCCCAAGAAGCCGGGUUCGUCGUCGAGAACGAGCAGGAAGAAGACGAGGCGCCUAAGGAGAGCGUUCCGGAUGCCCUUCAGCCAGUCACGAAGCCUUCACUACACGUUGACCUCGAGAACUACCGACCCAACGUCGAGAGUGGCGCAUGGUAUGUGUCCGAAGUUGACCUUGAGCUGAUAUCGACUGGAUGUGGCGUUCUGGGCACAGGUGGUGGGGGGCCGACUCACCAUGAAUUCCUGAAAAGUCUUCAUGCGCUUCGCACCAGCGAGCCUGGAAAGAUGAGGAUAAUCUCACCCAAGGCACUGUCAGACACUGACAUGGUGUGUUUCGGGUCUUGGUACGGCACUCCAAGCGUCAUCAACGAGAGGAUAGCGGGAGGCAGUGAGAUAUCCAACGGUAUCGACGCCGUAAGGAAGAUCUUGGGCGACGUCCCUCUCGACGGCGUUUUCAUCGAUGAGAUUGGAGGUGGAAACGGACUCAGCGUCUUCCCGACAGGCGUUCACUACGAUAUUCCGGUUGUCGACGGCGACGCCAUGGGCAGAGCGUAUCCUACCAUGUAUCAAGCCACGUUGAGCGUUUACGGCCAUCCGCUGACUCCUUGUGCUUUGUCCGACGCAAGGGGAAAUGUCUCGGUAGUGAUGAAUACAGAUACUCCGGUCCGUCUGGAGCGUUUCCUACGCACGGCGGCCAUUGAGCUUGGACUCGGGUGUGCCGUUUGCGCAAGACCUCUGCCCGGAUCAGCUAUCAAGUCCCACGGCGUUCCCAACACGUUGUCUCAAGCUUGGUAUCUUGGUCGUGCGGUCCACAUGGCGCGGAGAAAGAAAUCGAACCAUGUGGAUGCCAUUUUCAACGUCUGCGCUGGAAAACUCCUCUUCACCGGCAAGAUCGUCGACGUGAGGCGAUACGUUGGCGGUGGCUAUACCAUGGGCAGCGUCCUCAUUGCCCCGUUAGCCGACGAAGACGUGGACUUGGAUGCCCCCAGGUCCGCCUCGGGCAACAGACACAUGCUGAUUCCCUUUCAGAAUGAAUACCUGUAUGCUGCCCUCACAGACUCUGAAGGCUCAGAAAGCAAUCAGGAGGUUAUCUGCACAGUGCCAGACCUCAUCUCCAUCCUCGGUCAGGACGGAGAGGCUGUAGGGUCCCAGGACCUUCGCUAUGGAUUGCGCGUCAGCGUCAUCGCACUUCCAGCCCACCCACUUUGGAAGACUGAAAAGGGUCUGCCUGUGGGAGGGCCAAAGGCGUUCGGGCUGGACAUGCCCUUCGUCGGAGUGGGAGAGUACACGGAACCAAGAAGUGUCAUUGAGGAGUUCGGCCAUUGA